CUGCCUGUGACAGAUGACACAGGCGUCCCAACUGGCUGCGGCGGCAACAGCGCGGCGCCGUGGUCGAGACAUAGGCACGCCGAUCAUGGAUGAAAUCAGCUACACCCCUGACUUCAACGAACCGCCCUCACCCCAUGCCACGCCGGACUCGGACCUCUCUGGCUGGUUGUGGAUGAGGAGCUCGCUGCUCGGUCGAUGGCGGCAUCGGUAUUUCAGCUUUGCCCAUGGCUUGCUGAGCUACUUUGAGUCGUUUCCGUCGGAAGAGUUCCUCAAACACCAUACGUUGUCUUCGUCGUCCCAGCCUGGCAGUCCAAGGCCUUUCCUGCACGGCACCAUCGGAACAGGUGCCCAGCCGCGUGGGGUCCUUCGUGUCGCGCAUAUUGAAGAAAUCAACAACAAGCUCGGGUUCAAGGUGUUUGCCGCCAGCGGCAAAGUCAUCGAAAUCCGCGCGCCUCGCUCAGACAUUCGGCAGACUUGGCUCGCGGCGCUGCGCGCGACCGCCAUCACUCGGUCGCGGUCGUGGUCGGCAUCCAACCACCACCAUCAUCCCCACGAUCACUUGUCUCCGUCUGGUAAAGCGGUCAGCCUCGGCUUCAUGCGGGCCACCGAUCCCCUUCACGGCCUCCUCCGGAUGGACCCCACCCAACGAGACACCCUUCGCAUCGAUAAAUGUGGAUGGCUAUUGAAACGGUCGGAUAUUCUGCGCCGAUGGAAUCGCUACUACUUUGUCCUCCAAGACCGCAUGCUGUCGUAUUACGUAUCGGACAAACCGUACGCCGUCCCGCGUCGCCGUGGCUACAUCCAAGGGGCUCGUCGAGAGCCCAACAAGCACGACUCGGUCGUGGUCGUGUCGCUCAGUGCGGGGCACGACUUGCACCUGCGUCUGCCCCACGGGUCGCCCUCGGACUGCUUGAGCGACUGGUUUGAUGUGCUCGUGGCCACGGCCAUGUUGCCGCAGGACUACAUCGGAAGCAGCAGUCUGCGACACGACGCCGCGAGACUCGUCAGCAAUGAUUCUACCGACGAUAGCAUCGACCAGUCAUUCAUUUGACCAUGGUGUCGUCUGGAUUCUUAUUUAAGUUGCACUGACGCAGCACAAUAUGUACACUAGUACUGUACAAAGUGUGAUCAUCCAUCACAGGGACCAUAUACAAUUUGGGCCAUCUCGUUUGGUGUGGUCUUCGUGCAAACUCCCCAAGAAAGGCGGGUGUCGCAGAGUUCAAAUUGCCUAUUAUGCCAAUGGGAAGUAAAUAUAUGACAUGUAUAUAUCGC